GGCUAGAAUUGCGCAGAUACUUGCGGAACAGCAAGCUGGUCUAGCACAUCUCACAAAAAUACUACACAAGGAUCUCAAAGACCUUGCCAUCAUUAUGGGUACCGCGGAGGGUGCUGGAGAAGAUAUCGGUCCUGAUGAUGUGCUUGGAUCGUCUUUUGGCAGUCGUGACAACUCCAUGCAAAGUAGUACUUUGCGAAUGAGCGCCUUUCGAUGAUGUUAACCAUUUUAGUAAUACUUGCAUGUCCUUGUCUAUACUUCCUUGAUUUCGCAAUGUGUAAACCAUUGAAGCGCGUAACUCGUGUUUUUCCGUGACCCGGAGUCGAAGCAUCUGUUUUUACAUGACAUUGACAUGUUGAACUUGCUCGUUGGUGCGAUUGUGGGAAUACUCGCCUUGCUGUACGCAUACCGUACCACGAUACUCCCAGAGCGAAGCAUCCACGACAGACAUGGUCAAAUAGCACAGAUUGUGAACCUUCUAGACUUCAAUGUGAUUGGGACGGAUGGACACUUUCGCGACGUUCUCCAUGAUCGACAUUUCAAUCCGACAAACCACACUGUUCCCUUCUUUCAAGUUUUCGAAGAUGAAUUCUUGGACGUGAUAGGCCCAAAUCCUUCACUUAACGUUAUCAGCUCCGAUCCUUCUUUCGCUUUCGCUCAUGAAGCACCGGUCUGGGUACCGGACACGGACGAGAUUUUCUUUUGCAGCAACGCUGGAGGAGACCUUGGACGUAGCGAUAUCAACCAUAAUAAUCAGGUCGGAAAAGUUUCAUUGAAAGAGGUUGCACUAGCUAUGGCGGAAGGUCCAACAGAUGUGAAUGUCACACAUUAUAAGAUUAAUCUUCCAGAGAGUGUCCAAAUGACGAAUGGUGGUACUGGACUGUAUAAAGGGCAAAUCCUUUUGACGAAUGAAGGUCGAGGUCAUCGGCCUGCUAACCUGGUUCUCGUCAAUCCCCAUCCACCUCACAACGUCACUGUCUUACUUGACCACUUCUAUGGACGACAAUUCAACUCCCUGAAUGAUGUCAAAGUACAUUCUUCGGGGAACAUAUUUUUCACAGAUGUUCCCUAUGGAUAUUAUCAACAUUUCAAGACGGAGCCACAACUCCCAAAUCAAAUAUACUCCUUCAAUCCUCGUACUGGGGCCAUUCGCGUCGUGGCUGAUCAGUUAAAUAAACCUAAUGGGCUUGCAUUUUCCAGAGACCACAAAACCGUAUAUGUAGCCGAUACUGGUUCCCUUAUCGGAAAAUUUGGUCGUAAUCUCACGUUGCCUGCAACAAUUCAAAAAUACGACGUUGAUCCAAAGACACUCGAAUUCAAAAACAAGAGAGUGUUUGCGUACGCUGAUUCGGGAGCAGCAGAUGGUUUGGGCGUCGAUGAGUUUGGAAAUGUGUAUGGUGCUUGCUUCGAUGGCAUUAAUGUCUGGAAUCCGUCCGGGACAUUGAUUGGCAAAUUCUUCCUUGGUACCAAAUCCGCAAACUUUGCCUUUGCUGGCAAAGGUCGUUUGGCGAUCCUUGCUGAAACCAAAAUUUACUUGGCACACAUCAAUGCGGGUGGAAUGUCUUUAAUGCAUAAGGAUUGAAAUAUGAUAGUUAUGUACCUAAGUAGUCUCUGAAAUAAAA